AUGUCUCAAGGGCUUGUUGUUCGCAGCAAUCAGGCCUUCAAUACGUCAGAACUGUACAAUGUGCUCCCGCGUGGCUAUUCCAAUGGUUGGGAGCCCCAAGUUCGAUUAUUCGAAGGAUGCAUGCGCGUCUGUGAACUAAUGAGUAAAACAGAUGAUUUGCCUUGGUAUCGCAUCGUUUUUGCAUGGGGUGAUGGUAAAGAAACGGACACUAACGACGAUAAACGUUUCUUCACUCAAACUGUCAUAAUGAGGGGCACUCGCGACCUCAAUAAGACCAUACAAAGCACUGGGGAAUUUUUCGAAAUCCUGGUCAAAUGCACUGAUGACACGUUGGUAGCCCUAGAGCUGCGAAUUAGAGACCCACAGGAAGAGCAAAAUUUCCGAGAUCUUCUUUUCCGGAUACGUGAAGAAUAUGAAAUGAUAGACGAAAUGUUGGGCGGCAGCGACUCGUCUGAGUAUGGAGAAUUUGUUGGGAGCUAA